UCAACUCAGAAAGAAUAAAAAAAAGGAAAACGAUAACCCCCUCGAAUAACCUCCUCCUCCCACUACUUUCCAGCCAGAUCUAGAAAGAGAGAUCGAGAUCUGGGGAACCUUGGAGCGGCGGAAGCGGCGGCGAUGGCGAUCUCGCGGGGCUCCGGUGUCGCCUUCAUCCUGUUGGCGGUGGCGCUCGUGGCCUCUUUCCGGCCGUCGGCGGCGGAGAUCCGGGUUACGGAGGUCCGAUCCGAUGGCAGGACCAUCAUCCCCUUCUAUGAGUUCGGCUUCACCCACACCGGCAUCCUGGAGCUGAACGUCUCGGGGAUCUCCCUCUCCGACCCCUCCACCGAUAUCGAUCUCUCCCAGCUGGGCUUCUUCCUCUCCACCCGCGACGCCUGGAUCCACGUCCUCCAGCAGCUCCAAGAACUGGACAUCACCUGCGCCCUCCAAUCCUCUCUCGUCAAGCUCGUCUACUCCUUCGACCAGCUCAACAAUCCCAACCCCAACCCCAGCGGCCUCUCCAUCCCCCGCUCCUCCGCCUUCGGCGCCGUCUUCUCCCAGUCCGAACCCGGGCAGUACACCCUCGUCUUCGCCAACUGCCUCCCCCGCCUCCGCGUCUCGAUGUCUGUCCGCUCCGCCAUGUACAACGUCGACCCCCGCACUGGCCGCCGCGCCUACCUGUCCGUCGGCGCUGCCGCCCUCCCCCUCAUCUACUUCCUCCUCUUCCUCGCCUACGCGGCCCUCGCCGCCGGCUGGGUGGCCGUCCUCCUCCGAAAGCGCCGUGCCGCCUUCCGCAUCCACUACUUCAUGCUCGCCGUCGUCGUCCUCAAAGCCCUCAACCUCCUCUGCGAGGCCGAGGACAAGUCCUACAUCGAGCGCACCGGCAGCGCUCAUGGCUGGGACGUGCUCUUCUACAUCUUCAGCUUCCUCAAGGGCAUCUCUCUCUUCACCCUCAUCGUCCUUAUCGGCACUGGCUGGUCCUUCCUCAAGCCCUACCUCCAGGACCGCGACAAGAAGGUCCUCAUGGUCGUCAUCCCCCUCCAGGUCGUCGCCAACAUUGCCCAGGUCGCCAUCGACGAGUCUGGCCCCUACGCCCGCGACUGGGUCACCUGGAAGCAGGUCUUCCUCCUUGUCGACGUCGUCUGCUGCUGCGCCGUUCUCUUCCCCAUCGUCUGGUCCAUUAAGAACCUCCGCGAGGCCGCCCGCACUGACGGCAAGGCAGCCGUCAACCUCAUGAAGCUCACCCUCUUCCGCCAGUACUACGUCGUCGUCAUCUGCUACAUCUACUUCACCCGUGUUGUCGUCUAUGCCCUCGUCACCAUUACCUCCUACCGAUACCUCUGGACCAGUAUCGUCGCCGGGGAGAUCGCCACCCUCGCCUUCUACAUCUUCACCGGCUAUAAGUUCCGGCCCGAGGUGCACAACCCCUACUUUGUGAUCGAUGAUGAGGAAGAGGAGGCUGCUGCCGAGGCUCUCAAGCUCGAUGAUGAGUUUGAGUUGUGAGGCGGAUGCUGGAAGCGUAGCAAGAAAUGGGCUUCGACCCUGUGUACAAUUGCCAGAACAAUUGGAAGAUAGAGGUGGGAUCUAGUAUUUCUUUUCAUUCCUCUCGGUCCAUUUCUUUCUUUUUUUCUUUUUUUUUUAUUCGCCUCACUGUAAUUGGGAUUCUCGAAUUGAUAUCAUACGAAGCGUGGUGUUCCAGUGUAUCUUGAUACUGUAGUAUGCAUGUUUCUAUUACCUGUCUAUUGUGGAUUUUAAUGGAUGCCACUUCCACUUGUACCUACACACCUUCUUGCUUUAUUACCUCUUCUAAUAAAAAUACAAACUCCUCUUUGCAUGUUAA